AUGGGUGCUUUGAAGAUCCCCGCAGAAGAUAUCGACAUCAUCUUAAAUCGCAUUAUACCACACAUCAAACAACACAUAGCCGACCAAUCCGCAAAGCCAACUAAGCGCCCCUUUGUGCUUGCGUUAACAGGUCUCCAAGGCAGCGGCAAAUCCACCUGGACCGAUGCACUCGCAGGCACUCUCCGCAGCAAACAUAACUACAAAACGAUCAACAUCUCCUUGGAUGAUCUGUAUCUCGACCAUGAUGAUCUCGUGAGACUCCGAAGAAGCAACCCAUCUAAUAAACUUCUUCAGGCCCGCGGACAACCUGGGACUCACGACACAGCUUUGUCGGUGUCAUUUUUCAGAAGUCUGAUGGACUCGAGAGAGAUAUCGGUUCCUUCUUUUGAUAAGAGUUUAUUUAACGGAGAAGGUGGAAGAGCCCCAUCACACAAGUGGAAACGUAUCAUCACAUCCGAUAUUGAUGUUGUCAUUUUUGAAGGGUGGUGUGUUGGUUUCCAGCCUCUAGCCAAGGAAAGAGUUAUGUCGCGAUGGAACGAAGCGGGGAAAGCCACGUGCAGAUCAGCGUAUCCUACAGAUACACUGAAAGAACAUGCUAUUGAGCAUCUUCUGGGUGUAAAUGAGAGCCUUGCGCAAUAUUGUGAGAUGUUCAUGGGGCCGGAUCAUUUCGAUUACCUGGUUCAUUUGGAUACAGAUGAUUUGGUCAAUGUCUAUGAGUGGCGUAUGGAGCAAGAGCAUGCUCUAAGACAGUACAAAGGUGCAGGUAUGACGGAUGAGGAGGUUAUCAAGUUUGUGAAAGGGUACAUGCCUGCGUAUGAACUGUAUCUGGAUCAAUUGCGAAAGGGAAUAUUUCCUGAUGCCAAAGGAAAAGAGCAAUUGCGCGUUGUUGUGGAUAAGGGAAGGAACAUAAUUGCGAUGGAAACUGUCGCAUGA